GAGAGACAGAGCGCUCCCAGAGAACCAGGACUCCGCCAUCUUCACAUUGCAAUAUAUAAUAGUAAUAGCCAGCACCAACCCAGCUGCACUGGGGGCUUCCUUCCUUCCAGUCCCAGUGCCAGGCGAGGGGGAGCAGUGCAAAGUGGUGCAGAGGCAUUGGCAAUCCAAAAGCACUAGGGCAAAGCAGUGCCACUUGAACUGGGAAAGAGGAGACACAGUUUUGGCUACCCCUUUAAAAAAACCCAGCAAGGGUCAAUUUCUGAAAAAAAUAUUUUUGGGGGCAUUUUUGUGUGUGUGGGCAAUCCCCAUUCUGUACUUUAAAAAAAAAAUCCUGAUUUUUUACCCUCCUGGUGGAAGAAGUGCACUUGCCAAUUUGCCAAGCACUCUGGAGAGAGAGAGGAAAAGUGUCACUGUUGGUGCAAAUCCUCCUAAGUUCAAGAAGAGAUUUGGAAGUCCAAGUGACAGAAGCAGUGGAGAAAAGACAGUGAGAGAGAGAGAGAGAGAAAAAAGAAAGAGCUUUUCCUGAUGAUGUUUUUUUAAUUCAGGGGGAUAUCCCACCUGGUGCACCAGAACAACAAAAAAAGAGGGGGUUUCUUGUCUCCAUUUUAUUUUAUUUUUUAAAAAGAAGAAGAAAUCAAUAAAGAAGACGACGAAAGAGUGAACGAAAAAAAGAGGAGGAAGAUCCGCCCCCCCACACAUCCCCCCCAACCCAGUACAGCUCUCCGGGCGAUGCCAGUGUAAAUGCCAGGGCAAUGUCCCGUCGCAAGCAGGGAAACCCGCAGCACUUGUCACAAAGAGAGAUUAUCACACCAGAGGCUGACCAUGUGGAAACGGUGCUUGCUGACGAAGAUGAGAGCCUGGCAAUAGCGGAGCCGGGUGGCAUCAGCAUCGCCCCAGGUGGGACAGACCCCGAUUUGUUAACCUGUGGACAGUGUCAGAUGAACUUCCCCCUGGGAGACAUCUUGGUUUUUAUAGAGCACAAGAAGAAACAGUGCAAUGGCACUGGUGGUGUCUGCUAUGAAAAGAGCCUGGAUAAGAGCAGCCCUCCCCCCUCCUCCCGCUCCGAGCUCAGGAAAGUGUCAGAGCCAGUGGAAAUCGGGAUCCAAGUCACACCCGAUGAAGAAGACCGUCUUCUCACGCCUACAAAAGGAAUUUGCCCCAAGCAGGAGAACAUUGCAGGGCCGUCCAGGCCUGCAAAGCUGCUGGGGGCUCCCAUAGCUGCCUCCUCCCACCCUCACACAUCAGUGAUCACGUCACCUCUCCGCGCAUUGGCCUCUCUCCCGCCCUGCCUUAGCCUGCCCUGCUGUGGUGCCCGUGCAGUCUCAGUUGGCGGGACUCAGACUGAGACUCAGACUGAGACUUCAGGCACAUUUGGAUGUCAUUGUCAGUUGUCAGGUAAAGAUGAGCCUUCAAGCUAUAUUUGCACAACAUGCAAGCAGCCUUUUAAUAGCGCUUGGUUCUUGCUUCAGCAUGCCCAGAACACACAUGGAUUCCGCAUCUACCUGGAAACCAGCCCUUCAAACAGUUCCCUUACUCCACGCAUCACCAUCCCUCCUCCUCUGGGACCAGAGACUGUUGCACAGUCCCCGCUGAUGAAUUUCCUUGGAGACAACAACCCUUUUAGUCUUUUGCGGAUGACGGGCCCCAUCCUACGUGAUCACCCUGGGUUUGGUGAGGGUCGGCUCCCCAACACACCUCCACUGUUCAGCCCACCGCCUCGUCAUCAUCUGGAUCCACAUCGCCUUAGUGCCGAAGAAAUGGGGUUAGUUGCCCAGCAUCCCAGUGCCUUUGACAGAGUUAUGCGUUUAAACCCCAUGGCAAUUGAGUCCCCAGCGAUGGAUUUCUCCAGAAGGCUUCGAGAACUGGCAGGAAACAAUUCUACCCCUCCUCCAGUCUCACCGAAUCGCACCAACCCUAUGCAUCGCUUGUUGAAUCCUUUCCAGCCUAGCCCUAAAUCACCCUUUUUGAGCACCCCGCCAUUGCCACCAAUGCCCCCAAGCAGCACUACGCCGCCGCAGCCUCAGGCGAAGAGUAAGUCCUGUGAAUUCUGUGGGAAAACAUUCAAGUUCCAGAGUAAUCUUAUCGUGCACCGACGCAGUCAUACAGGAGAAAAGCCCUACAAAUGUCAACUCUGUGAUCAUGCUUGCUCCCAGGCCAGCAAGCUAAAACGUCAUAUGAAAACACAUAUGCACAAAGCUGGCUCCAUGACAGGCAGGUCAGAUGAUGGACUCUCCACCACAAGUUCUCCUGAGCCAGGCACAAGUGAGCUCACUGGAGAGGGACUAAAAUCCAGUGAGACGGAUUUCAGGAAUGAGAGUGAUCCCUCUCUGGGCCAUGACAAUGAAGAAGAGGAAGAAGAAGAGGAGGAGGAAGAGGAGCUUGAAAAUGAGAGCAGGCCAGAGUCAAGCUUCAGCAUGGACUCAGAGCUAAGUCGUAACCGAGAGAACGGUUCCAAAUCGCUACCAGAUGAAAAAUCCCUUGUCCUUGGAAAAGUUAUAGAGAAUGUAAGUCUCGGUGCCAUCCAGCAAUACAAUGACAUGCUAGCUGAAAAACAGAAGAGGAGUAGCUUCAUGAAAAGGUCUUCUGAUCAGCGAGACCUGUGUCCUCGAGACCUCUGUCAGAGAGACACAGGCGACGAAGACUCAGUGGCAGGAGAACUUGACCGCACUGAGGAAGGGACGGUCAAUGGAAGAAACUUUGGCCCAGGAGAACCCUUCCCAGGCUUGUUCCCUCGCAAGCCAACACCUAUCACGAGCCCCAGUUUAAACAACUCUUCUAAAAGAAUAAAAAUAGAGAAAGAUUUGGACUUACCACCAGCAACAAUAAUACCUUCUGAAAAUGUUUACUCCCAGUGGCUGGUAGGGUAUGCAGCAUCAAGGCACUUCAUGAAGGAUCCGUUUCUAGGAUUCACAGACUCCCGACAAUCCCCCUUUGCAACUUCUUCUGAGCAUUCUUCAGAGAACGGAAGCCUGCGUUUCUCCACUCCACCAGGUGACAUGUUGGAUGGGGGUCUCUCAGGGCGCAGUGGAACAGCGAGCGGAGGCAGCACUCCCCACAUCAGUGGACCUGGUCCCGGUCGACCCAGUUCAAAGGAAGGGCGGAGGAGCGAUACAUGCGAGUACUGUGGCAAGGUCUUUAAGAACUGCAGCAACUUAACGGUGCACCGCCGGAGCCACACUGGAGAGCGGCCUUACAAAUGCGAGCUCUGCAACUAUGCAUGUGCCCAGAGCAGUAAGCUGACACGUCAUAUGAAAACGCAUGGCCAGAUAGGGAAGGAGGUCUACCGCUGCGACAUUUGUCAGAUGCCCUUCAGUGUUUACAGCACCCUGGAGAAACACAUGAAAAAGUGGCAUGGAGAACAUUUGCUGACAAAUGACGUCAAAAUUGAGCAGGCAGAAAGAAGCUAAGACCCCCACUGGGUUAAAUCUGGGGUCUAGGUAACAUUUAAUUUGUACAGUUUAACUAUUGCCAACUGAGAAAAGCUGACCUAACUUGCCUCCGUAAACAUAACUUAGCAUAACUAUAGUAGGUGCCAGACCUUGGCACUUAAAUAUAACCUGUGUCUACAAAGUUCUAUUAAACCUGAGGGUUGAUUAAGGCAGUAAAAUUGUGGAGCCUUUUAACUGUGCAAUAAUUUCUGUAUUUAUUGGGUUUUUGUAAUUUUUUGGCAUGUGCAGGUACUUUUUUUUUAUUCUUUCUGUUUAAAUUUCUUUUAAAAUUUUGUUGGGUAUCCCUUUUUAAUUUUACCCAGUAGUAGCCUGAGAUUACUUGCAUUGUAGGGGGAGAGGCAUAUCUUUUUAAAUUAUAAUUUUGGGGCCGCUGCUUUGUUGAAAUUUAAGCUAAGCAUGUGUAAUUUCUUGUGAAGAAGCCAACAUUUUAACGGAAUUCUUUCUUUUCUUCUUCUUCUUCUUCCUUUUUUGUAAAAUAACCUUGGAGAUUAGGGAAAAUAAAAUUGUACAGCGGAUAACAAUCUUUAAAAUUAGCACUUUCUUUUGGAAUUGGAUCUGAUAUGUAGCACUGACAAUGUCGCUAAAGAUAGAGGCCUUUUCUGUGUAGACUUCAACAUUAAAGUUAUGUCAACUAAAAAGACAUGGGUGCAGGUAUUUUCUGAAGGCAGCUACAUUGAACAAAGCAAUAACAUUCUUAAUUGUGGAUUAUUAUCAGAUAGUUUCUUAGCAUUAUUAAUGAUAUGUACUGAGAUGCCGCCAUUUUGUCACUUGUUCCAGGUUCAGUAAUUAAAAUAACCGAAAGAAUCCUCACAGUUGUAAUAAAAGCUCUUUUAAGGUAUUGUAGCAUCCUUCUCCACCCUUGGAUGAAUAAAAUGCCAUUCUUUUAGUUUAACACACACACACACACACACACACAAAUCUAAAGGCGUUUGGGAUAUAUGUACAAACCCCUAACUUAGCUCAGUAGUAUACUGCAACUAGAAUCGCUGUAAUUAAGGCAGUUGUAACUAGGGCUGAUUGGUAGUUUCUCAAUCCGCUAGAAUAUAAUUUAUAAGGUAUUUGGAUGGCGAGUAGAAAAUAUCAGGAUUAUCUCAUAUAAUGCACAACGAUGUUAUUGUGAGGAAGGGGAAAAAUUAAUCAUUAUAUGUGUAAUGGGCUGAUUCUACUCCCACUGAAGUCAAUGAGAGUUUUCCUAUUGACUUAAUUGGGAGCAGGAGCAGGCCCUAUAUGAGCAAAGCAUUGUAGGAAAAAAAUGCAGCUGCUCUGUUUUCCAAUUGUUUUAUUUUUUAGCAUAUUAGGACUAAUAAUAACGAAGAGUGGACAAUUAAGGUUAGACAUUUUGAUUAUGUUGACCCGCACUUUAAAACUUUCGUUUGUGUUUAAGAGAAAAUGGCUUCUGAACAAGAAAUUACAGCAUAUUCGUCUCCUUGGCCCAAAGGUGGGUUAAACUGUAAGGGAACAGCUGAGAUUAAGUGUCAGUGUUGCUAAGCAUGGCAUUCACAAUACUGGCACUAUAAAGAAAAAUAAAAUAAAAAUAAUUUAUUGGACAGUUUUUCUACUGCCAUUCAAUUUGACGUGAGUGCCUUGAAAACUGAUCUUCCUAUCUGAGUCUCUUGAGACAAAUGCAAAACGUUUUUGUGAAAUGAAAAGACUUUUAAAAAAGUAAAACAAGAAAAGUACAUUCUUUAAGGGGAAAAAAAAGAGCCACAUUUACUUUAAAAAAAUUACUGGUUGAAGAUAGUGGACAUGAAAAUGCCAUAAGACCCAAUCAAAUGAAGAUGCAUACCCAGCACAACUUCGGACAUCCAUUAGCUGAAUUAUUCUCAGCCUUUUUUUUUUCAGGACAACGCUGCUUAGGAAAUGGAAUGGAAAUGAUUUACUGCUGAAUUAAAACUCAUAUGACACAAAUUACAAGUUAUCAUUGAAUGAGAAAAAAACAAUUCAGGAACAAUGGCUAAUUUUUUUUAAAAGUUAAAUUUAGUGCACUCUGUCUUAAAAUACGUUUACAGUAUUGAAUACAUACAAGGGUAAAAAAAAUUGUGUGUAUGUGUGUUUGAGCAAUCUUUUUUUUUUUUUUUUCAAAGUUUGCUUAAUAGGUUAUUAAAAAAAUGCCGUGAUGGCCAUGUGUAUAUUGUUUUCUUUUGGUGACGGGGUUUUAGUAUAUAUUAUAUAUAUUAAAAUUUCUUGAUUACUGUCAAAGUGGACCAGUAUUUGUAAUAAUGGAGAAUGCUUGGGCAUUUUACAAAACCAGAAAGAAAAAACAAAAAAACAAAAAAACCAGAAAAAAAAAAACCUUUUUCUUUUUUCCUUGAAAAUGUUGCAGUAAAAUUUAAAUGGUGGGUCUAUAAAUUUGUUCUUGUCACUGUAACUGUAAAGUCUUGAGUUUUAGUAAAUUUUUUUCUGCCUUGGGUGUUGAAUUUUUAUUUCAAAAAAUGUAUAGAAACUUGUAUUUGGGGAUUAAAAGGUGAUUGCUACACCAUGUAGAAAAAGUAUGUAGAAAAAAGUGCUUAAUAUUGUUAUUGCUUUGCAGAAAAAAAUCACGUUUCUGACCUAUACCUAUUUUUCUCUUCCCCCUCCCCUCCCUUCUGGAAUGGAUAUUGAUAUUGGUUGAUUCAUAUGAUGUAGGCACUCGCUGUAUUUUUACUGAAGCUUGUAAUUUUUUAACUGUACGCUUGUCCUUUUAAAGGGAUUUAAUGUACCUUUUUGUUAGUGAAUUUGGAAAUAAAAAUAAAAACAAACAAA